CUUCAGUACAUAAAGUCACGAAAAUGGCUUUAACGGAUUUACGUGAAGUAAUAAGGAAAAUUGUCAGUUCCAUAUCUGUUGAGCCGUUCACGCUGUGCUGGUUUUUACCAUCAUGUCUUCUAAUUGUUGCGAUGGAAAAUUUAAAUUUAGAGAAGGCUUGUCGCGUAAAUUUAGGCCAAAGUGAUGAAAUAUGUCGCAACAUGAUCGAUAAAUCGAUUAAUGGAAUUGACUGUGCUGAAAUUGAUUUGGCAGCAGAAAUUGACGCAAAUCUCAUCAACGAUACGAUUUACAAUCUCACCCGUAAUGUCUGUAUUGCUGAAACGGAAUCGCAAAAAUUAUUGUCUUUUGUGUUUGGUCUAAGAUCACCAAUUUCAGCAGUCUUUCCAUUAAUUAUUGUACUUUUUGCGGGUAGUUGGUCAGACAAAAAAGGAAUUCGAAAGCCUUUAGUGCUAUUGCCAAUUCUUGGCGAAUUAAUUGGGGCACUUGUUCUUUUAUUGAGCUCCAUAUUUAUGAAUGAGAUUCCAAUGGAAGUUCCUGCAUUCUCUGAACGUGUUGUUCCAUCUCUUUUUGGAGGACAAACUUUAAUGCUCAUCGGUGUUUACAGUUAUUUGAGUCAGAUGACAACAGAAGAAAAUCGUACAUUUCGGUUCGGUUGUUUUGCCAUCUUCUUGACAAUAGUUCCUAUAGUGUCUAUUCCUUUUUCUGGUGUGCUCUUUAAUGUUCUUGGAUAUACAAAGCUCUUCACGAUAUGUGUAAUUAUUUAUAUUAUUGGAAUCCUCUACAUCAUCUUCAUCCUACAAGAAGUCAAAGCAGCGGCACCAAAUAACAUCAAGAACGAGCACCAAUUGAAUGGAGAGGAAAAUCCAACAUUUGUUAAUGACAACAACAACUUAGAUGCACCUGUUGAUAGCAUAAAGAUCAAAAAUGAUGCAGCAGAUACAACAACAGCGGAAUUAACGAAAAAAGGAUUUUUGCGCGAAUUCUUCGAUCCCACACUUGUAUUGGCACUUAUUGACGUCAUUUUUAAGAGGCGUGAUGGCAAUUUACGGAAUCUCGUUUGGCUUGUAAUAAUCUGUAAUAUUGCAUUUUUGGCAUCGCUUGGCGAGAAUGAUUUUACAUAUCUGUACACGCGAUUGAAGAUAAAUUGGGAUGGAAGCAAAUUCUCAUUGCACCUUACAUAUGGCACUGUUAUGGCUUUAGCAGGAACCUUAUUGAUGGUUGGAAUAUUUAGUAAAUUCAAUUUAAUAUCCGAUGCAAUGAUUGGAAUCGUUUCAACUAUUUGCACAUUAAUCGCUAAGCCAAUUUAUGCAUUCGCAACUUCAACUGAAAUGUUUUAUUUAGGCACAACAAUUGAUUUAUUCGUCGGCACAAAGGCAAUCGCGAUUAAAUCAAUUAUAUCAAAAGUUGUUGGAACUGAUGAGUUGGGACGAAUGUUUAGCAUACUCGGCGUUAAUGAAAGUCUUGUGAAUUUCGUUUUUCCCACGAUUUAUUCUUUUGUAUAUUUGCAUACUGUCGACACAUUUAUUGGUGCUAUUUAUUUCCUUAGCGAAUUCUUCUUUCUGUUGACAUUAAUUAUGUUUAUAAUCAUUUAUUUAAUGAUGAGAAAGUUGCUGUUGACGAAAGAAGGUGACACUGAAGGUGCUGAAACAUUCAAAAGCAAUCCUGAUCUUUGUGAAACGUCAAAAUUGUAGAUUCAGAUACUAGGAUUUUAAUUUUAGGGAACUAAUCAAUUUUGUACCUACCUCAAUAUUUAUAAUUAACAAAUCGAAUGACAAAUUUUUUUAAAAAUUAUUUGAACUUUCGUUGAAUUUACGGAAUCAAUACAUUUUUAUAACUCCAAAUGUUUACCUGACCAUCACAAGAAUAUUCUUG